UUGGUGCUAAUCCCAAAAUGUGUUAGCCGGCAGAUGCAAGUUGUUCAUAUUUAUGCGACUGAGGCGGAGAAUAACAUGGCUACAGUUUACAAUAUGUUCCAGUCAGAAACGACAUCUAUUAUGUCUGUUGUCGUAGAGACGGCAAUGACGGAAAUUAGCCAUGUCUUGCUCAUGGUGCCAAAGUCGUCACAGGCUAAUGUCGUUAGCUCUCCGGAGAGAGAGCUUUGUGCAAUUAUGAAUCUGGUGACUGAAGAGGCUGUUCGUAAAAUCUGCCAAUUAUUCCUUGUGGCUUCUUCGAAUUUACAACAUGAGAAUGAGAAACUGAAGGCCCAGCUAGAGCAGAUGGAUAAAGAUAUGAAGGCAAAGGUGGAGCAGAUGGAUGAAGAUAUGAAGGCAAAGGUGGAGCAGAUGGAUAAAGACAUGAAGGCCAUGACAGAGAAGAGCAAACAAUAUAGUGUGUCUCUGGCUAAAAUGCAAGCACAGGCACAAGUUGAACCAAAAAGACCAACACACAUUCUGCUUAAUGGAAUGAUCUUUGCAAUACCACCAGUAGAUCUCCCAAUGUUGCCUGGAAUUACAGCAGCUUCAGCUUUGAUGGGGAAUGUCAGUCAGUCAAACACUGCCAUGGACAUAACAUCAGUUUGGGCAGGUCCUGCAAAGGUUGGCUGUGACCCCACGACAUCUUUAUUGGAGUGUGACUCCUCUCUGGCAGACACAAAUGGACUGAAUACAGACCCCUCACCAAGAGAAACCAAAUCGGCAGUCAAGCAAAUGGUAGCUGCUCUGCCAGAGGGUACCGGCAACGCGAAAGAUGGCAGAGAAAUUCAGAAUAGCAAUACCACCAAAGGGACACAAUCCAAAGAAUCCAAAUGGUUCAAAUGUGAUGUAUGUGACAAGGCAUUUAGCAAGAACAAGCUACUUGUACAGCACAAGUUAACUCACACAAAACCCUUCAAGUGUGACGUUUGUGAUAAGACAUUCAGCCGGAACCGCUUGCUGAUAGGUCACAGGCUAAUUCACACGAGAGAGAGGCCAUUGGUCUGUGGUCAAUGGGGAAAGAAGUUCAGAAGGUCCAAGGAGCUUGAACAGCAAAGGUUGGGUCAUAAGGAAACUCGUUUCUGCUGCAAAGUCUGUGGAAAUAUAUUGCCUACCAGGAAAGACCUGAAACAACACAAUCUUGUUCAUGAAGCAGAAAGGCCGUUCAAAUGCCCCACUUGUGGCAAGGGUUUCACAUCCAAUCAACUGCUUAUCGAGCACGAGGGAAUCCACACCGGCGAUAGGCCGUACGGCUGCGAUGUGUGCGGGAAGAGUUACCGGCAGCGCAGCGGACUGAGUAUGCAUAUGCGAACACAUACAGGUGAGCGCCCACAUUCGUGCUCUGAGUGUGGCAAGAGCUUCAUGGGAGGAAGCAGCCUGAAGUACCACAUGGUAGUUCAUACAGGGGAGAAACCCUUUAAAUGCGAGACCUGUGGAGCUGCCUUUGGUCUUAAAGCAAACCUUGUGAGGCAUCAAGUGCGUCACACAGGCGAGAGACCAUACAAGUGUGAAGUGUGCGGGAAAAGCUACCUUCAGUCCACCGACUUAAAAGCUCAUAUGCACCACCACGGGGCAAUCAAGCCUUACAUGUGUGACCUAUGUGGGAAGACUUUCAUGUACAAUUUUCAGAUGAGGCGACACCAUCGAAAACUGCACACGGUCGAAGGACAGAAGCUGAGAGAACGCAGGAGAAGAGAGAGAAAAAGAGAGAGAACUACCAGGAGGGAGGGAACAUCAACAAAGCCAUUCAGUUGUGACGUCUGUUUGAAUGGCUUCACCUCCAUGCUGACUCUAAAAAACCAUAAACGAAUUCACACAGAACAAAAGCAUUACAUGUGUUCCCUUUGCGAAAAGACAUUCACCUAUAAACAUACCUUUGACUAUCACAUGAGACUUCACAGUGGACUGAAGCCCUACGCUUGUAAAUACUGUGGAAAGACAUUUGCUAUUAAGCAGGCCCUGGAAGGACAUGAGCGGACCCAUACUGGGGAAAAACCCUUCAAAUGCAGUCAUUGCGACAAGUCCUUCGCAGUAAGUGGGAAUCUCAAAAGGCACGAGCGGGUCCACACGGGAGAGAAGCCAUUCAAAUGUGAUGUUUGCGGAAGAGGUUUCAGCCAAGCCAACAAUGUCAAAGCCCACAUGCAAAUCCACACUGGAGUGAGGCCGUACUAUUGCAAGAGCUGUGGAAAGGGCUUUUCUGACAUAAGACACUACAGAAACCAUAACUGUAAUGAUGUGGUAGCCACUCGUAAAUCUUCUGACCGUACUAACAGAAGUAGAAAAGGACAAAGGCUGUAGAGACUGAAGUGCUUGCCAUUAUGCUGUUGUUGUAAAAAGACUAGUCACACAGGAAGUUUUUUUUUGUUUUUUUUUUGCCUUAACAAGCAUGCUCAUUAUGGAAAUAGAAUGCAUCGCAUUGAAUAAAGUGAUUUCUGGUAGAAUCAGAAGACAAAUUAAAACAGACCGCACAGAUACAACUGAAAUUCUGUGAUUCUUGUCAAACCUCUUUCAUACAUUUUUUUUGCAACUUGAGUGACAAAGCCACAAUGCAUCUGUGAAAACCAACUAAUUAUAAGGACUGUCAUGGCCUUUUGUCAAAGCACCUGAUUUUAAAUAACUUAGAGAUGUUUUUCACAGCAUAGAUGAACGUCGGCAUUGUUACUCUGAGUGUGACCAUUAUCAGUGGAAGCAGCCUCAACAAACACAUGGUAGUUCAUACAGAAGAGACGCCAUUUAAAUGUGAGACCUGUGGUUCUUAUUUGGUCUUAAAACAAACCUUUGUUUUACUUUGGUCGGUAAUGGGAAUUGUCAAAAUGGUUGUAAAUGCACAGUGUUUGAUAAUAAAAAACUUUAUAUUAGUACAGAU